GAGGAUCUAGAAGGUGGACCGCCUCAAAUAUCGCCUGUGCUGGCAGUUGAACCACAGUUCAAGCACACUGGAAAAUCGUCUGAGGUGGAUCCGUUUCGCAUAACACGCCAAGACGACACCUGCCCACGCACCAUAGACUUCACGCGUCUUGCACCAAGUGGAUUUGAGCGUAUCAGUUUUGGCGGUUUCAGGAGCUCCGUUGAUUGCCUGCGCGUCCUCUUCUGUUAUCGCCUCGCUGCGCUUCUCCUCCUCGCUGUCUUCGCGCUGGCGAUCAACCGUGUUAGUCUGUGGUGCGGAGUUGGAAGUCGCUACACCCGUUCCGCGUCCCCCUUGGCAAAUUCGACGCUCACUGGCUGGAAAUCGCGUAUUUCACUAUUCGUUCACCUGCCACAGGUGGCCAAUUAA